AUGUUUAGCUUUAAGCCUGUAAAAUGGUUUUCAUCUCUUCUAUUAUCAAAGGUAAUAAAAAUAAAGUAAAUUUUGUUAGUUUCUUAAACCUUAUAUAAAAAAUUUUGAAUCUCAGAAUAUAGAUGUUUAAAUUUUAGAUGGCGAAGUAUGUUUGAAAUAAUUAGAAUUGAGAAAUGAUAUAUUGAUGUAGUUUGGUAUGGAUAUAGAAGUGAUUGAUUCAUCAUUUGGAGAAGUUAAAUUGAUAAUUCCAUGGAACAAUUUAAAAACAAAAGAAAUAAGUGUAGAAAUAACAAAUGCGAAAAUUGUUCUAUCUAAUAAAAUUGAGAUGAGUGAUUUUAAUAAAGAGUAGUAUAAAGACCAUUUAGAAAAACUUAAAAAAGAGGUAUUGGCAAAGUUUGAUGAAACUGUUUAGAAAGAAGAUGCAUUUUCAAAUGGCUCAUCAGGUAAUAACUUUUUUGCUGAAUUUGCUAUCAAAAUAUUUGAAAAGUUUGUACUAAAAAUAAACAACUUAGACAUAGUUUUCAUUUAUCAAAUCAAUAAUUAUGAAAUUGUAAAGUUUGGAUUUGGAUUUUAAACUUUACUUAUAAAUCAAGAUGAUAUUAAACCUAAAAAAGAUGAAAUUCGAAAAAAGAUUGUUGCAGAUAACAUCUUUUUACUAUUUGAAGUAUUUGAUAAUGCUCUCCCAUCUCAAUUACAGCCUGAAUCCUUUAUUCCAGAUUAAAAUUAAUCAAAAUAAGAGGAAAAGAAAGCUGUUCAUAUUCUUAAGAAAUUAGCUCUUAAAAUAGAGUUUAGCUUAGUCUUCUCUGAAUAAAUGGAGAUAGAAUUAAAAAUUGCAACAAUUUCUGAUGUUCUAAUUUACUUAAAACAAAGGCAAAUAAGAUUAUUGCUAAGAGCAAUGUAAGACAUAGUUAAUCAUCGAAAUGACAGACCAAAAGAAAAACCAAAAUAUGGAAAAACUGCCAAAAAUUGGUGGGUCUAUAUAAUAAGAAGAGUAAUUGAGAAAGAAUAUAUAAGAACAAAAGUAAGGAAAUAAGGAAUAACUAAUUACUUUAAAGUCUAAUUAUAUAUAAAAUUAUAUACAAAGAAAAUGUUAAAAUAACAUGAUGCAAAGAGAGAUAAUAAAUUAAUGGGAGAUUUUGAAUAAGAAAACACUAUAUCAUAAAUAUUAAUAUUGAGAAGCAUAGCAAUUGAUAGAAUAUUAGAGAUGAGAAAUAUAUUGAGAUCUAAUAAUCCUAAAGAUCAAAAAAUUUAAAAAGAAGCUUAAGAAUGGUUUAAGAUAUUUUAAAAUGAUUUUAAUAUGGAGCAUGCUAGUAAUUUAAAAUUUAGUAGGAAUGUUAUUGAUUCAUAUUUAUCUUUUAUGAAAGAAAAAGAAAGUAAUACAAGAAUAUCUAUCAUUUUGGAUGUUAAAAAAAUAAAUGUAUUAAUAUAAGAGAAUUAAAUUUUAUAAUAAUUAAGAAAUCUGCAUUAGUAAGUUAACGUAUUCAAAUAAGAAUUAAAUUAAAAAAAGUCUCUUUAAACAAAAGUUUUGGAUCAUAUUAAAAAUAACUUUCUAUAAAAAAUAACUAAAGUAACUGUCAAAUCAUCUGAAAUAAAUAAAUAAGAAGAUUGGAAAUUAGAUGAAUUAUUAAAAGAGAAAAUAUUAAUAAAUUUAGAAAUUACUGAAACAAAAUUAGAAUUAGUAAAAUAAGGUUAAUUUAAAUAAUUAAUGAAGGCAUAAAUUCAAAAAUUGAUUUUAUUAGAUACUAAUAAAUUCAAUAGCCAUUAUUUAAAAAUUGUUGAAAUAUCUGAAGGAAUUAAAGUAUUAAUGAGUUCAGAAUAAUUGGAAAGAUAAAAGAAAAUCCUUGAUUUAGAUCCAUUAGAAAAAACAAUUUAAGUUUAUUUAGAUAUCCAAGUAGGUCCACUUAGUAUAACACUUUGCAAGCCUCUUUAUGAAAGAUUAAUAUCAUUACAAAAUUUAAUAUUUUUUGAUAAAUCUACUGUUUAGAAUGAUAAUUAAGAACAUUCAAAAUAUUUUGAUAACUUUUUAAUAUAAACAAAACGAGUUCAAUCUAAUACAAAUGUCUCCUUUUCAAUAAGAAGAAUAAAUAUUUAUUUGCCACUUUAAUAUUAGAUAAAAACAUAGAUGCUUUUAAUACAUUUGAAAUAAAUUAAAAUAUUUAAAAGAGAACAUGAAAAUAGUGUUGUUAAUAUUUAUCCAGCAGAAAAUUCAAAUGGAUAAGUUAGUUAAUAUCUAAAAGAUUUAAAAACUAGAUAAACUGUUAAUAGAGUUGCUUAAUAAAAUUAAAAUUAAGAGGAAAAUUAAAAUUUAAAACCUGUUUAUUUUUCUGUUGAUUGUUUAAGAUUAGCAUUUGUAUAAGAUUAUGAUUGGGAGAGUAAGGAAAAUAUUUUUAAAAUAUAAUAUAGGAAAUUAAGAAAAAAUGAAUAACAAAAUGGAGAUCCUGGAAUUGAAACAAUUAUUGAAACACUUCCAAUAAAAAUUAGAAUGGAAUAAUCAUAAAAAAUGAUAACAUUAGAAUCUAAUAGAACAAAAAGUAAAAGUAAAAUGACAUUUAAGAAAAAAAUAUAUCCAAAAACAUCAAUGAUAACUAUUUAAUUACCAUUUUUAGAUAUCAAACUAUCAACUAAACAUUUAUUUUUAAUUUUGUAAUUAGUUUCUAUUUGGCAAGCUAAAGGAUAUGAUUUUUAUGAUGUAAUUGAAAGCAAAGUUUAAAAAUAAGAACAUAAGCAAUAACAAUAAUAUAUAAAUAAGGAUUGUUAAGAAUAAUUGAAAGAAUAUAUGAUUAGUUAAUUAUAAAUUGAUAUGGAAGGUCUUUAAUUAUCAGUUACUGUAAAUACAUAAGAAUUUUUAGAGAAAUUAGGAAAGACUAGUUGUCAUGAAAAUCGUUUCUUUUCAUUUUACUUUUUAAAUUUAAGUUAUUUAAAGGAAGUUAAAUUUUAUGAUAGCAUUCAGCAUUUAGCUAUAUAGGAAUUAGCCUUAUAAAAUAUUAACUGCCAUUCUUAUGAAUUACUUGUACCAUUGAAGGUCUUAGCUAAACAAUUACUUAAAUAUUCUGAUUGUGAAAAAGAAUAAAAGAAAUCAAGUUUUGGAGAAGAUUUAGAAAGAGUUAUGAAUUAAUAAUCAGAAAUAGAAUAAGUUGGAAAUUCAAAAUUAAAUGAAAAUAAAUCAAAUAUAAAGAACUCUAAUAAUGAGGGACAAUAUCCGUAAUAAUAAAAUAUUGAUAAUGAUAAAGAAUAGAAAGACAAUGAAGCUCCUCCUGAUGAAUUAUAAGAAGAUGUAAUUCCUUAAACAAUAUUUUCUUAAAAGAAGGAUUAAUUUUAAAUUCCUUCUCCACAGCAUUCAUUUUUAGAUAAUAAUUAUUAAGAGGCUUUUGAAAGUGAAUUAUACAUUAAAGAGUAUUUUACAGAUAAAUAUUGUUAAAAAUGUAAAGAAAAACAUAGAUUAUUAUUAACUUUUAUGAAAGUAUAAGAUGAUUUGGGUCCUGAUGUUUACUUUUUAUAGACGAGUGAUUCAUAAAAAUCAAGAGUAUCAGUAAAUUUAAAAUAAUUAAACCUUAUAUUGGAUCCAGAUAUAAUUACAAAAAUGAGACAGAUAUUUGAUAUAGGUAAUUUGGCAGCAGAAGUUAAAAAAUAAUAAUUUAUAAAAUGGAUGAGAGAAAAUGGAUUUUGGCCUGAUUUUAAUGAAGUUGAUCACAAAUAAUAAUCAGAAGCUUAAACUUAGACUACUAUAACAAGUGAUUUAUUUUAGGAAAAAAAUAGAAUAGAGCUAGAAAUUAAUUAAAUUGUGUUAAUGUUAAAUUAUAAAGAUUAAGUAGUUUAUUUAAUGAAUAUGAAAUUCAUAGAAACAUAAAUAUCAAGUAGUUAAUUAUUUAAAAAUAUUAAUAUAAAGAUGUAAUAAGUAAGGUUAUUUGACACUGCUGUAAUAAGUGGAAUACAUAGAACUAUGUUAGAGGAUUAUGAUGAUUAAAAUGGAAAUUAGAUAUAAUGCUAAAUUUAAAUCUGCAAUAAUUCAGAUUUAAUAAAAAUUAGAAAAUAUGCUACAUAUUGUGGUGUAAGAAUACAAAAAGCUAAGAUUGUUUUUUUGAAAAGAAAUACAAAUGAAAUUUAAUAUUAUCUAAGGAAAGUUCUAAUCAAAUCAUUUUCAAGUACACUUACAAAUGAAGUCAGAAAUGAAUUUUUGAAAGAAACUGAAACUUAAAAUUUAAGUUUUGAAACUUAACCUAAAGAAGAAGAAGUUAAUCCUGAAUUUGGGUUUAGAUUUUCUUUAGUUGCAUUAGACUCUUUAGGAAUUGGAUAUAGAAGUUCAUUAUCUAAUUAAGCAUUAUAUAUCCAACUCAAAAAAGUUGGGUAUUGGUUCAGUGGAAUCUGGGGUUAGAAAUAUGAUAACUUAAUUAAAACAGGAUUGUUUGAUGAUGAAAUAGAGGAACAAUAAAAUAUUAGUGAAAAUUUUGUAGAAGCUAAAUAUUUUGAAGAGCCAGCAAUGGGAGAAGAAACAAUUUUUGAAGAAAUAAAUAAUAAUUAAUAAAAUGAUGAGGAAAAUCUAGAUUAAAGAAUUAGAUAAAUUGUAUAUGUUUGGGGUUUAGAAAUUAGAUGUUGUCCUGGAACAGAUGUUAAUGAUUUGUUUGUUAAGGCUCCAGAAGAUAAAGUUUCAUUGUAAUUAUUUAUAGAUUUUUGUGAUGAGACACCAGAUAAACUAUUUUGUGAUUAGGAAGUGAAACCUAUGAGAAGUAUAUUUUUUAUUUAUAUCAUAGUUACAAUUGAUAUUUAAAAGUUAAAUAUAUAUGCUUAUGAUCUGGAUUAUUGUACAAUUUGUAAAUUCUUUAUGGAUAAUUUGGGAGAAUAACCAUAAACAAUAAAAGGAGAUUUAUCAGGCUAUAGUGAAUUUAAUGAGAAUAUUUGGAUGGUUUUAGAUAUCAAUAUCAAUAAAGCUAUUGCAAAAUUUUUUAAAGGAACUAGGGAAGAUUGUAGAAAACAUUAUUAAUCAAAAGGAAUAUCUCAAGAUUAAUUAGACAAGAAUUUGUUAUAUAAAAAUCCUGCAUCAAUUGCUAUUGCCAAAUUACAAACCUUGAAUUAUUAAUUUAUGAUGAGAGAAAGUGGAGGUAAAUUUAUGAGAUUAAGUGUUUAAUAAUUGACACUUUCUGAUUUUAGAAAAUCAUCAACUAUGAAACAUUCAAAGGAAAUUCUGUUUUCACUUAUAGGAGAUUAAUUUAAAGGAGAUGAAGAUUAAUCCAUGUCUGAUACUAAGUAAGAAGAGUUUAACAAAAUUCCAACAAAUUUAUUUGAUGAUUUUGAUUUAGAAUAAGUUGAUUAAGAAUCAAAUCCAAAAGAGAAAGAUAAAAAUAAAUAAAUUAUAGUGGAAUAAUAAAUACCUAAUUCUGCAUUAGAUUUAAAAGAGAAUUAAAAUGAAUUAGAGUAAUAAUCUUAAGCUUCAUAACAGACAUCAAAAAAAUAAAAAAAAAAAAAGAGCAAAUGGUAAUAGUUUGUAUAUAAUGUUAAAAAAAUAUUUUGUUGUAGAAAGUCUACAAGGAGAACAAAUGGUCCAAAAGGAAAAAAUAAAAGUUAAUUAGAAAAUAUUUAAAAUGAAAAAGAAUAGUAACAACUAAUAUAAGCGAAACUUGAUUAGUUGCUUGAAUAUAGCCCAGAACCUAUGUUUUAAAGAAGAUGGCUAAAUUUUAGAGAAAGAUAAGUAUUACCUAUUACAAUAGAAAAUAACAAUCAUUAGGAUGAUCAGGAUGAUUAUGAUUAUUAUUUUGGAGAUGAAAAUCAUGAUAUUACCAAUCAAAAAUUCUAUUAAUAAAGACCAUAUUAGUAACAAAGAGAAGAUUAACAAAAAUAAGAUUUAUAUUUCAUUAUGAAGACUAAACCAGAUGGAGAAAAAUUAAUUAAAAUUAAACUUGAAAAUAAAAACAUUAUUUUAUUGAUUGACUUUAUAGUGGAAGUUGUUCAAUUUUUUAGAUAACCCUACAAUGGAAGUGAUAAAUAACCUUAUCAAAGAAAUCCCCAUUUUAAUAAUUUUCCACCUAUGGUAAUUGAAAUUAAUGUUGUUAAUGUUUGGGCAAUUGUUUUAGGAGAUUUAGAAAAAGAAUCUUUUGAAAAGUCAAAAUCUAUAGGUAUUCUCUUAGAUUGCAAUUAUUCAUAAACAUGGUUAGGUGACAGUUGGUUUGGACCUGGAAGUUGUGAAAAAAAUAUUGAAGCUACUUUAAAAAAAUUAUACAUCUUUUAAACAAACCAUAUCAUUAAUCUAAAAUAAGAUGAAUAAUCUAAAAAAACAAAUGAAAAAUUAAUUAUACCGCCUCAUCCACCUUUAAGAACUCUAUUAGAACCAUUUAAAGUUUGUAUUAAAAUGAAGUACUCUGUAGAUUUUUAUAGAAAUGCUCUAUAAAAUUAAGAAGUAAUUACAGAAGAAGGAGUUUAUGUUAAAGAAUAUUAUACUGAUUAUAAAUAGAAAAAUAAAAGCUAUUAAUCUAAAAACGAAUGGGAAAUAUGUUUGUUAAAUUCUAUUAGAUUAAAAAACAAUUUCAGUCUAUCAAUUAGAGAUAUUGCUGAAUUAUAAUAAAUCAUUAAUAUCUUUUCUGCUAGGAAAUCUCCUGAAGAUAAAUAUGUUUUUUAUAGAAAUCCAUAACCUUCAGAUCCAUUUGUUGAUGAUUGUAUAAAUACAAAGAAAAUCAUUAUAGAAAUGCUAAAAAUUUAAAUAUUAAAAAACAAAGAUGGAGUAAAAGCAGCAUAAUUUGAAUUGAAAAAUUUAAGAAUGUCAGAUUUCAAAGAUAAUAAAAAGACUUAAUUAAAUCUAUUGGCUUGUAUAUCAUUAGAUUAUUUUAAUAAAAGAAAAAUGGAUUUUGAACCAUUUCUUGAACCUUGGUAAUUUACUAUCACAACAUUAUCUUAAAUUGAAAAACCUCCUGAAAAUAGGGCUAUUGAUAGAGAUUCAAAAAAAAUUACAAUAGCAAAUCAUAUAGAAAAGGAACUCAAAGGUGAAGAAGUUCCUUAUUAUCUUAAGGAUCAUACAAAUUCAUUAAACAUUAAUAUCACUCCUGCUUUGGUUGAAGUUGCUAUGGAAGCUUUGAAAAUUUACAACAAAAAAAUGGAGGAUGAAGAACCAUACAAAAUUUUCAACCGAUGUGGAUAUGCUUUAGAAAUUAGAGAUAUAAAAAAGGAUUAAUAAGUUAGAAUUAUAUAAGAAGAUUAAGAAUACACAUGCAAUACAUAAAAAGAACUUUGGGCAAAGGAUUUUAAGAAACAUAAAUCAGAUUAAUAAUAAAUGUUAUUAAAUUUAGUAGUAUUGAAACCAAACAAUUUUUUGAAGGAAAGAGAUGAUGAAGAGGAUGAACAUAAAAUAACAGAUUUAAUUCAUAAUAAUAACAAUAAUAUGAGAAGAACAACUUUAGAUCUCCCAAAUAAAAGUACUUAAUCAAAAUCUUUAAUGCAAUAAAAUUAAACUCAACCAUAAACUUAGAAUUAAUACUCUAAUUUAAAUUAAAAUUCAAAUAUGAAUUAAUCUUAAUUUACAAAAAGUAAGAUAAACUUUAGAAGUUAAAAAAAUGGAAAGAAUACCAGUAACUAUAAAACUUUAAAGUAUGUUAAUUUUGAUUUUGUGGGCAAGAAAUUUUAUCCAUUGGUAAGACAGCAUAAGAAUGAAUAGUAAGAUCUUCAUAGUGGUAAAAAAGGUACUUUUGAUGCAUUUAAAACUAAUAUCGAUAAAAUCACUGGAGUUUUCUUAGCUGAUACCAAGAAAAUAAAUGAAGAGAGAAAUAUCUAUAUUCAAGUUAAUGUUAAUAUCAAUCCAUAAAAUGGUUCGAAAGAAAUAUAAAUUUAAAGUACAGUGAAAAUAUACAAUUAUUUAAGUACUUCUUUAGAAUUAGGUUUUCAAGUUAAUGGUUAAAUGAAAGAAACUACUUCAGUUAAAUUAGAACCUAAAUAAAUAUAUAUUGUUCCAUUAGAAUUUUUAGAAAAUAAAACUGAAGUAAGAUUUACUCCAGAGAAAAUAUAAAAUCGACAAUAAGAUGAAUAAUUAGAAAGAAAAUAUUAUUAAUUAGAUACAUUAUUAUGUGAUUAAUAAUCAUUAGGAGAAUUUGAAGUUGAUAAAGAUAAUUCAAUAGUUGAAGUGUUAGAACAGGCAACUUAAAUUGUAACAUCCUAAGGUAAAUCAAAUCCUGUAAUUAAAUCGGAAUUUAAAUAAAUUCAUGAUCCUUUAAAUUACAAAUAUGAUCAUAUUAUAACUUCGAUGAAAAGUAAUAUCAAAAGAAAUAACUUUUAUUUCAUUAUUAAUUGUGUAAAAAUAAAAAAUUAAAUCACAAAUUAAAGGAAAGCUAUGAUUAAUUUUAACGAAGUUGGGGAAUAAAAAUCAAGUGAAGAUGAUAAUGAUGUUUGUUAUGAAACCUAUUUGAUUUGUUAUCCUAUUUUUAAAUUUACAAAUGCAACUGUAAGAGAUAUCAAUAUACAUUAUGGAGUAUUUUCUUCAAAUAAAUAAUAAUCUGAAAAAUAAUUACCAUUUUUUGCUGUUUAACCUGAUCAGCAUUUCUAUUGUGAAACAUUAGAUUAUCAUGAUGAUAUUGAAGUAUAGUUUUCAAUAGAAAAUUAAAAAAAAUUUGAAGGAGUAGAAGCUUAAAAUGAUGAUGAGUUUAAAACAAAACCAUUUAAAAUAUUUAAGAGAGGUUUCGGUUUAGGAGAAGAGAACAAAUUUUAAAUUAAAUUUAAAUAACAUAAAGGCAAUGAUUAAUAUUUGACAGUGCUAAUAAAAAAAAGAUCAACUAAAUCUAGGGAAUUGGUAUUAUAUUGUCCUUAUUUAAUUUUUAAUGAAACAAAUAAGUUAUUGAUAUACAGAGAAUAUGGAUUGACUUAAGAUAUUCCCUCAAAAGAUUGGAUUUAUUAUUAAAACUUUAGUAAAACAUAUUAAAAGAACAAAUAAAAGAAAGAAAUAGAAUAACAUUCUUAAUAUCAUAAUUUACAUUAAUUUGCUACAAGCACUAAUAUGAAUAAAAUAUAAGUUGCCAUAGGAUAAUUAAAUGAUUAAUAAUAAGAAGUAUCAGAUAUUUCUAAAUGGAGUAAUCCUGUUAGCUUAUAAAAUAGCAAUGUUAUAGAAAUAAUAGGAUCUACUGAAAUUUUAAAAAAAGAUCAUGAGCAAUUAUAAUCAAAAGAUCGUAAAAAGAGAACAAGUACAGAUGCUAAAGGGAAAUUUGAAUUUGGUAUGGCAAUUACAAGUGGACCUGGGUCAUUUCAUAGAAGCAAAUUAAUAACAAUUACACCUAGAUUUAUAGUCCAUAAUGAAACAUAAUAUAACAUAGCUAUGGUUUAAGUAGAUACCGAAUAUAGAGAUAAUAAUCUGUUGAGAUUGAAACCAGGGGAUUGGAAAUAUUUUAGUUGGUCAAAUAUAAAAAAACCUGCUCUUGCAAUGAUAUCUUUUUAUUAAGAAUCAACAGGUCUAAUAUCAGGUUGGAGUGGAUACUUUAAAUUAUAAGUUUAAGAAAUCUCAUUAAAAAUUCCUAGUAUAAAAUCUAUUUCGAAUAAUAAUAAUUUUGAUUUUUCAUAACUUUAUGUACUUUAAAAGGUUAAUAUUACUUUAAUGGAUGAUUUAAUCUUAUUAAUAAGAUUCAUUUCAGAAGAUCCAAUAAUACCACCCUAUUAUAUUGAAAAUUUAACUAAAUAUGAAAUCACAUACAAACAAUAACCAUCUAGUUAAGCCUAAAGAUAUAAAUUGAAUUAAGCUAAUCCAAUGUUAUAAAAUAAUGAAAUAAAUAGAGGCAUACAUUAAGUAAUAGCAUCCAAUCCUGUUGGCUCUUAAGAUUAUGAAUUAAUUUAAUUUUCUGCUGGAGGAAAUGAGGUUACUUAUUUAUAACCAGGAGAAAAAGUAGCUUUUACUUGGGAUCAUUGGAUUGAUGAUAAAGAACAUGUUUUAGAAGUUGAAAUAGAGGGUUAAACAGAAAAAUAUGAAAUAGAUAAGAUUCAAAAUUUUUAACCACUCACUUUACCUGGAUAAUCAUAAAAGAGAAAAAAAAUCGUAAAUAAGAAAUACCUUUAUAAAUAAGGAAAUAUUUUUAUAAAAGAUUUGGAUAAACCAAAAGAAUAUUAUUGUACUCUCAAUGUUUUGAAAUAAAAAUUUAAUGUUUAUUCUUCAGAUAAGAAAUAACAUGAAUCUUAUUAUUUAUAAGGUGCAAAAGUAGAUGAAAGUAAAGAUAAUGAAUUUGUAUUAAAAAUUAACCCAGAAAAAAUGUUAUCCAAAAAUUUGCAUUUUCAAACCAAAACUGUUGAUGAAGCAAAUUAAUGGGUAGAAUAUUUAUGGAGAGCUAUUUUAAUUGAUAAACCUGAAAUGGUUGAAUUAAAAAUUGAGCCAUCUAAUUAAACUAAAGUAGUUACAUUUUUUUAAAAUUAAUCAAAUGAUAGAGCUGAUACUCAAAAAGAAGGAUCAGAGAUUUAACAAGAAAAAGAAGAUGACACAUAAAAUUAAUAAUUUACUUGUUAUAAGAUAUCAAUUAGUAAUUGUGUAGGUAUAUCUAUAAUUGAUGAAACACCAAAGGAAAUAUUAUAAAUUUGCUUUAAAAAUAUAUAAGCAGAAUAUAUUUUGAUAGAAGAAAUAUAAAAAGAUCUUUAAUUAAGAUAAAAUUAAGAUGAAGAUGAUAAUACAAAUUUAUUAGCAGAAAAACCAUAAAUUAAAUAAAUAAAGGAGCAUAUAAAUUUAUCAAUCGAUUUAAUUAUCAUUAAUAAUUAAAUAAUAAACUCUUAAUUUCCUGUUUUAUUGGCCCCUAAUAAAAAAAAAAUAUUUGGUAAUCAAUAACCCUUUUUUGUUUUGACUACAUACAGAAAGGAUUAAUAAUAGAUAAAAAAGCCAAAUACAAGUUUGAAUAAUGGAAGUAGAGUUGUUGUUAAGAAUGAAUCAAAUGCUUAAGUAAAUUAAAUUCAAGCUAAUGAUCAAUAAUAAAACUAAUCUAAAUUUAAGAUAUCUUAUAUACAUACACUUCAAAUGUUUACAGAUACAUUAGAAAUCAGAUUGGAUCAUUAAAUUUUAGAUUAAAUAAUUUAAUAUUACAAUUUAAUAGCAGCUAUUAUAUGGGAUAGUAAUUUUAGUGAUGUUUAAUAAUAAAGCAAUAGCUAAUUUGGAUUAGGAUCUUUAUAAAAGAAAUAAGAAGAAUAAUUAAAGAAAAUAAAAUUACAUAGUAUCAGUAAGAUAUAUCUAAAAAAUUUAAUGUUAGAACCAAUUGACAUUUGUUUUACUUUAAAGUAUAUAUUUUAUAAAAUUAUUUAGAUCCUCUCCUGGUCAUGUUAUGAAUUCAUCUUCUAUAGGAGUUAUAGCUGAUUUGGGAUUAACAUUAGCUUCAAUUGAUAGUGCAAAAAUUAGAUUAAAUGCUUUUAAGACUUAACAUAUAUUUGGAUCAAGUAAUGAAAUUAUUGGUAGAAUAUCUAAGCAUUACAAAGGGUAAAUAUAUAAAAUUAUAUUAUUAGAUAAUUUUUAACAUAAAUUUAUAAAUUGUUAGGAUCUUUUGAAAUAUUUGGAAAUCCAGUUUCUCUAAUUUCUAAUUUAGGAACAGGUGUAAUAGAUAUGUUUUAUGAACCUAUUUAUGCUCUAGUUACAGGAAAAAGUGGAUACAAAGUUGGUGAAAAAUUCUUUACAGGUGCAGUUACUUUGAUACACACUUCAAUAACAGGUGUGUAUAAAACAGUUAACACAAUAAUUGGAACAAUAAUGAAAAUACUUGAUUAAAUAACUUUAGAUAAGAAAUAUAUGUCAGAGAGAAGCAAUAGAUUGAAUAGAGCAAUCAAAAAUUUUAGAGAAGGAUUAAUUAUUGGUUUUACUAAUUUUGGAAAGAUUUUAUUUUAAACAAUAAUUGGAGUUUUAGAAAGACCAAUUACUGGAAUAAAUGAUGGUGGAUUUUUGGGUUUUUUAUUAGGAAUUUAUUAAGGAAUUAUGGGAAUUAUAAUUAAACCUACAGUAGGAAUCUAUGAUCUUUUGAUAACAAUAAUUGAAGGAAUAAAAAAUACAGCAAUAUAUGAAGAACAUAUUAUGGAUACAAGAUAUAGACCGCCUAGAAUUUUUGGAGAUAACAAUUAAUUAAUACCUUUUAAUUUUAAACAUGCCAUAGGUACUGAUAUUAUUAGGAGAUACAAAUUAAAAGUUAUAGAUGGCGAAAGUAUUAUCUUCUUUGAUCAACUUAAUAUAUCAGAUGGACAUAAGAAAAAGCAAGAAGCUUAAAUUGUAUUGACUGAUUCAAGAAUUGUUUAUGUAUUGGUAAUAUUUAUUAUUAUUCUUUUAGUCUCAUUCAUCUAUACAUUGUGAUAAAAUAAUGAUUUAUAAAAUUAAAUCAAUGGAAUAUAAAGAUUAAUAGAAGUUACUUGAGUUUAAACUUCAUACACCUGUUAGAAAAUCUUGGUUUUAGACUAACUCAAAGAGUUAUUCAUUAAAAUAUGAAAGUAAAAUUAAAGCAAUCAAAUUGGCUGAAUAGAUAUAGAAAUCAUUUAAAGAUAAAUACAAUAUUAAAUUAAGAGGCUUAAAAGAAAUUACAAAUGAUAAAAAAUGA